UUGUUGCUGCAGUUCAAAUAUUGGACCUCUCAUUUCACCAUACUGGAGCCAAAUGUUGUUUCCUGAUUGGGCAUAUAAACCAGCCUGGUCUCCAGGUUCUCGACAAGUCCAGCUGUGGCAUUUCCUGUUGGAGUUGUUAGAGCAGGGUCAGGGUGGAGUUAUCACGUGGGGUGGUGAAUGGGGAGAGUUUAUAAUCCAAGACCCUGAGCAACUGGCCAAGCUGUGGGGAGAGAGGAAGGGAAAGCCACAUAUGAACUAUGACAAACUGAGCAGAGCACUGAGAUAUUACUACAAUAAGCGGAUUCUCUACAAGACCAAAGGAAAGCGAUUCACAUAUAAGUUUAACUUCAGCAAACUGAUCUUGGUGAACUAUCCCAAUCUGCCUAGCUGCCAACAGGUAUUUCAGUCUGGAAAUGCUCUUCCAUUCUCACAUUUUAUUUCUGAUGUAUCACUUUACAGCCCAUCUGUGGACAGAGCUCAAUCAUCAGUCUCGCACCCUUUGCUGCUCCCCUAUUGCUUCUCAAAGCCACUUCCCUUUUCUCAGACCAAUCCAUACCAAGGAUAGUUUCCUCUCCUUUCUGCCCUGCCCUCUUCAGCAAUAAACCUGUCAGAGCUCUUACACCUGACGCCAUUCAACUUGUCUCUGCACUUUGGUACAACUUGAACCAGCUGGCCAACAAAAGGUAGUGCAGAGUUGUGUUUAAACAGAGCUACAGCAUCAAGCCAGAUGGAUGAAAAUGAAGAACAAGAAAAACAGCUGUAACUACAGAAAGUGGGAGGUGGAGGAGUGAAUACUUGGUCCCAAUCAUGAAUCGCUACAGCUUGCAGGCCGGUGGUUGUUCUUGCAACAGGGGUUUUCAAGCAAACAUCCCACUAAAAUGUACAGUAUGUCAACUUAGAAUUCAAUGAUUAACUUACUGAACGUUUUCUGUUAAUAUACCCAGAGUUUU